GAGAAAACGAGAGAGGCCGAGAGAGAGAAUCUCCAUCUCUUUGGGGUUGGGUUUCUGAUUCAAUCAUUCGUCGACCGAGCUCUCAUUAAUUUUGAUCUAUUGCAUUCUACAGCCUACCAUCGCCUCACUCACACACGUCCUGCUUUCCUCCAUAGAAGGUCAAACACCACGCUGCUCGCAUCUGGUUCUGCGCUACAGAUUGAGAGCCUUGUAAACGAAUUCAGGGAGGCGCAGUCGGCGCUAUUUCGACCCGGCCACCGUUGUCCGCGAUGCUGAUGCCCUCGAACGGGGUUCCACACACUAGCAGCGCUGCGAGCGAAGCCGGCAGCACCUCCACUGCAGCUCCGACUACUUCUGCUGGCGGUACAUCUGAUAGAGGCCACGAGACCGCCACGGCGGCCACAUCAGCAGCAACAUCCUCCCAUUCGCCCAUACAAUCCCAAGCCAGCUUCUUUACAGCAGGGAGCAGUAGCGGCGGCGGCGCCGUUGGAGGCACUGCGAAUCAACCAGGCGCCGAUGCUCUGCUUCAGCAUGUUUACCAGAAUGGAUUCUGCAACGCACAGUGGCACGAUUGCAUUCUCCACUUUCACAGCGUAAACGGGUUCACUCGCAUGUUCCACCUCCACACACUCCUCCUUGCUCGCUCUCCAUACCUCCGCCAACUUUUGAUGAGCACACAUCGAAGAGAGAUUGGCCUCCAACUCGAUGACCCGCACAUCACCGAGGACGCCAUCUCCAUCUGCCUGGGCCACCUCUAUGGCGGGCCAUCCUCCUCGCUCAUCACACCCGAGAAUGCACUAGCCGUUCUGGCAGCUGCGUUCUACCUGCAGCUCGACGAGUUGUGCCAAGCAGCCCACGCGAUUUGCAAGCAGAGCAUCACAGCCGACAACGUGCAGAGCUACAUCGCCUUCUCACGCGCCACGACCCAACACCCUCGCUUGUCGUCCUUUUCCACUACAAGCUCACCAGCUUUCGGCGACGUCAACAACAGCAGUGCGUCGCACUCGCCGAACGGGUCCAUCGCCUCGUCCUCCACAGCCCCGCCCCGGUACGGUGCAUACAGCGAGGACCUGAAUCGAACCACGACGGAAUUCCUGGCGCGGGCACUACCGGUGGAGACUGGCGCAUUUUCCGUGCCGCCGGUACCGGGGGCACAGGAGCGCUUGAUAGGUAUCUACUCGACGCUGGACUUUGACCUGUUCAAAUCGAUCGCGCAGCAUCCCAGCUUCCCGGCACGCUCGACGCAGGAGCUUUUCAACUUUUCUAAGAAGUGUGUUGCGGCUAGGAAGAAGAGGCUUGGCACCGCGUUAGGGGAGGAACAGGUUGUUCUUGCUUUUGCGGGCCAGGGUGGCGGUGCGGUGCAGGUGCUGCGGAAGCCACCGAAAAAGCUUUCAAAGAUAGGGCCGCACGCUCUGGCCAACAAGUAGGCGCCCGUAUCCCUUCUCAAUCACGUCUCGGUGAGCUUCAAUCAGCAGAGUCGCUGUUGCGCAGAUUCUCCUCCUUAUUGCCCCAUAGCAUCUCCAAAAAAGGCUUAAUAGAUGCUGCGAAAGCGUACUGCCAUCAUCUGAAGAAAGGCAUUUUCUGCUGGUUGCAAGAGUAUGGCGUAUGCAAUGGUGUCAAAUGUUCUAUUCUAGAUCACAUCUGGUAUUGCGUGAACACGUAGUUGUUGCCAUCCUUUUUAUGAAGGGGGUGGCUGCUGGCUGUAUAAGGACAGGGCCUCGAGCUU